AGCUCGUCGGUAACAAGUUCGGGUGGAUGGACCUUCGCUACAUUAGUAAUCGGAACUGAGAAAUAAAGUGGCGUUGUUGCUCAAAUGCUCAGCUAGUUCAAUUUGGAUGCAUCGGGAGGGACUAGUAUUGUCCCGAUAAGAUCACGCAAACAUGUUUCUGGUACUUAGCUAAAGCGCCCAAGGUACUUUCCUUCCCUCAGUGACGACUGGAAGGCAGCUGUUGCCUCCCAAGACGACAAGGAAGCAGCAUGUCCGACUGCGGGUUGAGCUCAGCCAACCACAGAUGAGCUGGUGUGGCGGGUAACAAGAAUCACUGUCUCAGAAGAUCAGCACAGCUCGACCAGUCUCUGUCAGGAUGAAUGUGUUUGAUCGCAACAUCAAUUUUGACGCUCUGUUAAAAUUCUCCCAAAUUUCCAGCUCCACUCAGCAGCACCUGAAGAAUGUGUACAGCAGUCUCUCCCUGUGCAUGCUGGUGGCAGCCGCUGGCUCCUACGUCCAUGUGGUCACAAGGCUGUUCCAGGGCGGGUUCCUGAGCCUGCUGGGCUCCCUGGGAAUGAUGGCCUGGCUCGCCAUGACGCCUCACAACCAGGAGACGGAGAAGCAGCGCCUGGGAAUCCUGGCGGGAUUUGCCUUCUUCACAGGUGUGGGACUGGGGCCUGCCAUGGACUACGUCAUUGCCAUCAACCCCAGUAUCAUAGUAACAGCUUUCCUGGCCACCUCCGUCAUCUUCGUGUGCUUCACUCUCAGCGCCCUCUACGCCCGCCGCAGGUCUUACCUCUUCCUGGGAGGGACCCUGAUGUCUGCUCUCUCCAUCCUGCUCCUGGUGUCCCUGGUCAACAUGUUCAUGGGGUCCGUGAUGCUCUUUAAGGCUCACCUGUACCUGGGGCUGCUGGUCAUGUGCGGCUUCGUGCUCUUCGACACGCAGCUCAUCAUUGAGAAGGCGGAGCUCGGCGACAAGGACUACAUCUGGCACUGUGUGGACCUCUUCCUGGACUUUGUGACCAUCUUCAGAAAGAUCAUGGUCAUCCUGGCCAUGAACGAGAAGGAUAAGAAGAAGGAGAAGAAGUAGCCCAGCCUGUGAUGAGAAGCAGUCCCUGACUGUGGGAACCGUCCACUUCUGGUGCUGUCCUCCAUUGCCCCCCCCCCCCCCCCCCAUCGAUCAUUACUAUUACUCAAGAUUUUUAUUCUUAGCUUCGUCAUUAUUUAAGACAAAAAGUAGGGUUUUUUUUUUUUGUGGAUUUUUUUAAAGAGCCAAAUACUGCAAUGAUAAAAACCUGUCCAUACGGGGGCGCUGUUUUGCCUUUACUUCUGGGCGCCCUUGGUUCAGCACUUUGUAUCAAGUUCAGCAAGUUCAACAUCAUAUCCUGCUCUUGUAGAUUGUAUUUUUUUUGUUACCGUGGCAGGUUUUCUGAGCAGUCUUAAAAUUAGUUUCUCACCCCCCACCACCCAUCGACCCAACUUCUAGGAAGCUCCUUGUUGUUCGCUGAUGGUAAAUGUUACCCCCUCCCCCCAUAUGAUUAUCCACUUUCAACCCCAGCCAGCAUCCACCGAGCAGCAGCCAAAAAAAGUCUUAAAAGGUUUGUGGUGUGCAGGUUUGUUUUGUAGCCCAAGAUUGUUGGCUGCAGUAUUUAGUGAGGAGGAAUCUUCGCCAAUCUUUGUUAAAGAAUUGUAAUGUAGACCUUUAAUUCCAAUUUUCCAAUUGGCUUAAGGUUCUGUUCCACUCAAAGAAAUAAAAUUUUCUGUCAAAUUUAACUUUCUGUUUACUGCUGCAAAUCAUCCCUCGACUAUUCAACUUUCAGGAUAGUACCACCUUUUGAAUUAUUACACCAUGUGUAUGGUGAAAUUAGUAUAAUUAUUUCCCAUUUCUAUCGUUGGAGACGAUUUUCUCAAACCUGACUUUGGACAAUAUUACAGGACUUUCUUCUCAGUGCAUAGUCAUCCUAUCAUCAUGAAACUUGGCAAACCUUUACUCCAUAUCCAGUUUUGAGCAAAUUGGGGUUUUUAUUUUUAUUUUAUUUGUUUGCUUUUGGGGUGUGUGCAGCAUCUCAUUGUUGGAUCAUGAAAUUAUUUUAUAAUAUUUUAUUAAUAAUACAUUUAUCUGAAAUUUCAAGAAAUUGGACUAUUUGGUACUGAUGAUAAAAACAAAUGCCUCAAAACAAUCUUCAAGCUUAAUGAUAACGAUAUCUUACUUGGUUCAGUUUAUAGACUGCUACAAAAAUGUUUGAAUUUGUAAUUUCCGUCAUGUUGAAUUAAAGUAUGCAAAUGGCCUAAUUUACAUAUUCUGUCGGAAUUAAUCUUUUCAAGUACAUGCCUCAUGAUAAUUUCUAAGUAAAUAUGCGUUUUUGGUGGAACAUAACCUUGGGUCCUUUACUCAAAGCUUUUGUCCCCUAAAGCUGAAAUGUAUCGUACACCGGAAAGGUUCUCGCUCGGCCGAACCCAGCAGACGUCGGGUCCAUGCCAUUGCCUAAUUCUAACCCCCCGAGUUUUUGUUUUUGAGUAGUCCACUAGAAUGCCAUGGGGUUGAUAUUAACCCCCCCCCCCCCCCCCCCCCCCCCAUUUUUAUCAGUUAUUAUCACACACACACACACACACACACACACACAAACUUCUGAAAAGAUUCUUGUUUUAAUGACUGCAAUCUACUUCCUUGUAAAUCCCACAUUAAUAAUACAUCCCAUGUUAAUUGGAUAGUAGUAUAAUAAUUAUUAAAAAAUGCUGUGCGCUUUUAUGUUGCUGUUAAUCUGUUGGGUGCAUAGGAUGAGGAGCAUUUUAUACAGGGGUACGAGUAUUUUAUUCCUUCAAAGUGCCAACUGCAUUAUCAUUGAGUGUCUAUCAGAAUCAGUUUGACCAUUUAAACUCCAUACUGUGAAGAAGCUUCACCCCCUCUCCUGGGUUGUUUAUCAUUUUGAUUUGUGUGAUCGGACAUUUGUUAAAAUAAAAUUUAGGUAAUUAAUGA